AGCACCUGACUCGAGCGCAAUGUGCGCAAAUGGCUCAUCACCUCCACCGGAACACAUCGCCACCGCCCUAUUUCCUUCGUUUCCCCUCGCCGGCGCUCCGCCUCUCCCUCCUCCUUAUCAUCACUCUCGCCCUCCUCUACGCCGCCUCCGUCUUUCUCCUCCACCCUUCCUCUUUCUCUCGACGCCUCCUCCCCCCUCCGCCUCCAUGCGGCGCGGCCGCCGCCGACCUCUCCGCCGGCAGAUGGGCCCGCGACAGCCCGCGGCCCCUCUACGACGGUUCCUGCCCUUUCCACCGCAACGCCUGGAACUGCCUCCGCAACGGACGCGAGGGCAUGGAUUCCAUCAACUCCUGGGUUUGGCUCCCCGACCGCUGUGGUGGGCAGCCGAUCCCACGGAUCGACCCAGCGGCGUUCCUCGGCUCGAUGAGAGGGCGAAAGAUCGGGUUCGUUGGCGAUUCGCUGAACGAGAACUUCUUGGUUGCGUUAUUAUGCACGCUGAGGUCGGCGGAUGGUGGGGCGAAGAAGUGGAAGCGGAAAGGGGCGUGGCGGGGUGGCUACUUCCCCAAGUUUGAUGUUGUCGUGGCUUAUCACCGCGCGGUGCUGCUCGCGAAGUACACGUGGCAGCCUGUGGAUAACUCAGCUCAUCUUGGUCAAGAUGGAGUGAAGGGGACCUAUAAAGUUGAUAUUGAUGUGCCAGCUGAUGACUGGGCUAAUGUCACAAAGUUCUAUGAUGUCCUGAUAUUCAAUACUGGGCAUUGGUGGGGCACUGAUAAAUUCCCAAAUGAGACACCACUUGUUUUUUAUCAGGGAGGAAAACCAUUAGACCCUCCACUUGGAAUCAUAGACGGACUCGAGGUAGUUCUGAAUAGUAUGAUCUCCUACAUUGAAAAAGAAGUCCCUGAAAAGACCCUCAAGUUUUGGCGUACUCAGUCACCGAGGCACUUCUUUGGUGGGGAAUGGGAUCACAAUGGCAGUUGCGUGUUCGGUGAGCCUCUGAAAGAGACCGAGCUCGAUUCAUGGUUUGACACCAAACGUAAGGGAGUCAAUAAGGAAGCAAGGGAAGUAAACUCUCUGAUUCAACAAGCAUUGCUAGGUACAAACAUAAGGUCACUAGACCUGACUCAUAUGAGUGAGUUCAGAGCAGAUGCACAUCCAGCAAUCUGGUUGGGCAAGAAGGACGCUGUGGCAAUCUGGGGCCAGGACUGCAUGCAUUGGUGCCUCCCGGGCCUUCCGGAUACUUGGGUCGAUAUCUUGACUGCCCAGAUCAUAUACAACUUAGAACUGGGCUGACAAACGUGCAGAAGCAAGCAGCAUCUUAUGGGGCAUGCCGAUGUCUUACAGUCACCCAGAAACUAAUCAUCUGAAGUUUGGUCCAUCUGGUUACCAUUUAGUUGCUUGUAUCUUCUUCCUAUAUUUUUUUUGACAAGAUCAUUCAUAAUUUUCUUCCCACAAAAUCAUUCAUAAUCUUCGGAUAGAAAUGUAAUCAUACACUUUUACUUUUAUUCUGUCCCCUUAUUAUGGGGGCAGCGGCUUUAAUGCAAAUCUCGUGGGCCAACAAAUGUUAUUUCUGGGCAAAUUCUAGGCAGCUUUCAAUUGUGUUAACAUUUUUGUUGAUGUCAGAAUCUUAGUAUCUGUCUUUUAGCUUUA